AUGGUUGCCUAUUCUCCAUUCAUUGCCACCUAUGGUAAUCGUGCGGAACAGUUUCUAGAAACGGACUCUGAUUUCGUUAAAUAUCAUGCCAAAUUGAAUAAAAAGCUGCAACAUCUGAGAAGCCGUUGCCAUCUUGUCACUAAGGACACCAGAAAAUACUCAAGUAAAAAUAAGUACGACGAAAUCAGCUCCGAAGAUUAUGAUAAUAAGACAAAAUUAAUCGGUGUUUUGGUUUUACUACACGCUGAAAGAGACCUGGCAUUGGCCGAAACUUUGAAAUUGAGAGCUCGUCAAAGAAAUAAGUUGAAGAAAAGUGAAGAAAAAGUUCUGUCGACAAGGUUAAAAAAGGCUUGCAAGACUGCUGAUAAGUUAGUCAACGUUACUCAAAAUGAAUGCCAAUGGAUAACUCGUGUUCAGUACUUGGCCUUUGCUAAAUUGGCUCAUGCUGAAUACAUGAUUAAUGGGAAAAGAAUCAAGAGGAAGAACAAUGCCAAAAUUUCGAACAACUUAGCUUUGGUUUUUGCAACAUUGGAACACUUGAAAAAUUUAAAUCUAUUAUCCGAAGAAGUUGUAGAUCAUAUUGUAAACAAAUACCAGUACUCCCUCAAGCAAUUUGCGGGCAAUUUAAUCACAAUGCCUGAAAUAAAUAAUUUAAUUGUAGAAAGAGUUCAAUCCUAUGAAAAUAAAGACGAUGAACUAGUAAAACUGUUAUUGGACAAUGGGUUCAAUAUGAAGAAAAUCACAACUUCCACUGAAGAUCAAAAAGCUACCACCAACAUAAACUGGAGAUCUUUCAAUGCCAAGAUAAUGGAUACUGAGGUCGCUCAGUUUUUAGAACAAGGGCUAUCCAUUCAUCCGACUCAGAUUCCACAAUAUACGCAGAAACUAUCGAAGCUGGAAAAAGCUUUGGAUCGCCAUGAAUCCUACAUUGCAAACCAUGAUGAUCAAGACGACAUAGAUGAAAUGGUUGAAAAUAGUUCCGAGAACAAUCAGAUCAUUUUGGCCUACAUUAAAUAUAAUAUUCUUUUGACUUCCAUUUCUCGUGAGAGAGACUUGUUUGCUCAUUUGUGGAAUCAAUGGUUGAAAUUGAAUACUUCAAUACCAUCAAAGCUAACUAAAUUUAAGGAAAUGGAUCGUAUUGUGAAAAAUCUAACAAAAUAUAUAUCAGACAUCAUGGAAUUACCUGGUGUCUAUUCUGAUGACGAAUUGCUAAGCCAAUUGGAUUUAUGUAAAUUGUAUUUCCAGCUAUUUCUGAAUACCGGUUGCUUGAGUGUUUUAUACCAAUCAAAGGGUAGGUACUUGGAAGCCUUAGCGCUGUACGUGGACGCUUACCAAAGAUUAGAGAGUAAAAUAUCUGAAGUUGGAUCUUUGGAUGAAAUUUUACUCCCAACAACACUUCUGUCUUUUAAUUCCAUCCGAAGCUUAAAAACGAGGAUCGAAAACGGAGGUAAUAGUGUCAUUACUCUUGCAGAAUACGAGAAAAGAAAUCAUAGUGAUGAUCAGGAGAGAUAUGAUACUACAGUAAUUGAAAAAUUGGAUUGUAAGAAAAUAGUGCCAACGGACAUUCAAUUGAAAAAUUUAUUCCCUCUUAAGCCAAAAUUACUGCCCCUUCCUAGUAAACCGACCUUGUUUGAUUUGGCUUUCAACUACGUAACGUAUGAGAAGCAAGAAUCACUAGCAUCUCAAACGAAAAAUGCCACUUUGAGAACUGAAAGCACUUCUCAAACACCAACUCCUCGUGAACAGGUAGAAGAAGAACCUAAGAAGAAGCGCGGUUUCUUGAGCCUAUUUGGUCGUUAA